AUGAAGAAAUUGAGAGAUUCAAUCGAUGGGCUCCGCUGCAAGAACUAUCAAAGCCGGUACUUUGUUCCAAGGCAAUCACUGGUCAAGUUGUUACAGACAGAUAUAAUACAGAGCGAGUUGCGGGGAAUAGUUCCUCUGCAUCAACUACCCGAAAUCGUCCAGACAAUCUUUCGUAAAGGCCAACUUAUCUUCGCUAUCCUCGUGCUAAUAGAUCACUUGGAAUACAUCGCAAAAUUUAUUGAGAGCGACCAGCUGCAACCGAAUUGGUUGGAUCACAGGCUCCCAUUUGACCAGCAAACACUCGAAACAAUGAUGGAGGCGGUUCCUGCCUCGCGAUUCUACGAGAAACAAUGGGAAUUUACAGCGCCAGUAUUCACGCCCUUCAUGCUUCGAAGGCAUCUUACAGACGACACCAUACUUCCGUUCCAUAGUGAGAAUAAAAUCGGAAGUGGCGGAUUUGGCGAUGUCUAUCACAUCACUAUUAAUACUGCACACCAAAGCUUCGAUGAUUCGAUUCACCAGCUCGUACGAAAAGACCUGCAACCGCAUUCGCAGGAUUAUGAGGUUGAGUUACAAAACCUGUCAACUUUAAAAUUACUUCGACAUCCAAACAUUAGCGAACUCCUUGGAUGCUACACCUAUCGCGGCAUUCACAGCUUUAUAUUUCCGAGGGCAAAGGGGGGAGAUUUGCAUAAGUUUCUGCGUUCUCCCCUACCGGAUGCAUUUAUCGACAAUAGUUCAUUUCUUUUGGCACUCGCAGGGCUAGCUUCUGCUGUAGCCAGUGUGCACAACUUUGUUGCUGAAGAGCUUCCUCUUGCUUAUAUAGGAUGUCAUCAUGACCUAAAAGCCGCCAAUAUUCUAGUAGACGGGAACCGGUUCAUUCUCGCCGACUUCGGGCUUGCCAGGUUCAAACCCCCAUUCGAAAGCUCUGCCACACCAGCCAAGGUGCGCCAUGGAUUCUCAAUCGCACCUGAGUGCCAAACACUUGAUAACACCUUCGAGCUGCAUUUGGUCCAUCGCUCCAGCGAUAUCUGGUCUCUUGGUUGCAUAAUGCUUGACGUCGUCACCUACAUGCUGAAAGGGCCAGACGGAGUUGCCAGCUUUGAAUCGAAAAGAGAGUUCCAGAUUGGGCAAUUCGAAUAUGCCUACUAUCACAAAGGAAGCAAACCUAAUCCAGUAGUGACUGCAUGGAUUGAGGAAUUAGGCAGACAACAGGGAGCCGUUGAACAACUUCUACUGGAAUUGAUUGCUCAAUGCCUACAACUUGACCCCCAGCUCCGCCCAGGCGCGGGUAUUGUCGAGGCAUCAAUGAUCUGGAUUGCACUUUUUUCGCUCUCACAAGUCGCGUUAAAUCUAUUCGACGAACUCCCUAAUAAUGGCAAUAUCCACGAGAUAUCCAUAGAGUCCUGGGUGGAGAAGAAGAGGUUUGAGAGCUGGAUGAGAUCUCUGGGAUUUGCAACUCUGCCAUCUGAUACCUGCAAAUUACCCGGGAGCCUGCCCUUUGGCCUUGGACAGUUUGAGAUACUGUCAAUCCAUCUCAAAACCCUAAUAGGCGAGUUAAUAGCAAUAAUCAGUAAGAAAAGAGAGAAACACCUGAGGGUUUUUCUUCCUUUGCGUCGUUUGAAUACGGCGCUGUAUGAUUCACUUCCCCAAGCAGAGAAAGAAAAAGCGCAGCAAAUAUCGGAAAUCCUUCUUCUUGAAAGUGGCCAACUGGCGAAAAUGAGAGGAGUUUUUGAUGGGGAUACAACGGCCAAUCUUUCAAAGGUAUCAAUGCUCGCACAGAGUAAGCACGACAGUCAAAAGGUGGGGCUGCAAUUGAAAGCUUGGUCCCACGAUCAGGAGAUCGCUCGGCCCAAGAUCGGGAAAACCAAACUUGGCCAACACUUUACAGGUCAGGUCGAAAGUAGCCAGGGGCAGAGAAUAAAGGUGAUAAUCGAUUUCAAAGAUUAUGACGAUCCCCUUCUCCGCAGCAAGCUGUACAUGCGGAUGGAAGAGAUCAGUAAGCUUUGCCUGUCGGUUCAAAACUAUGAAGACGUGGGGUUACUCAAGUGCCGUGGGUAUUUUCACGAUCAGGAUCGACGAUCGUUUGGUCUAGUCUAUGACCUUCCAGAGGCCAAAGACGGCUUGACAGGACUCGAAAACAAUCCGAUCACACUCUAUCAUUAUAUCAGCGGUAAACAGCCUCACAUUUUAAAGCCACCACUGGGGUAUCGCUUCCAGCUCGCGCUCAACGUCGCUACUUCCCUCAACGAAGUGCACAAAAUUGGAUGGUUUCACAAGGCCCUUACCUCAUCAAAUAUAAUUAUGUAUCCACAGUCUAUGCAUCAAACUCGUCCAUACCUUGUCGGGUUCCGGCACAGUCGGCCAAACGAGACAACUACCUUCACUGAGGGUCCGCCGUCAGACCAGGAUAUUAAAGGAUACCAGCACCCACAGUACCUAAAAAAAGAUUUGCGAUACUCGGUCAACUACGAUUAUUAUAGCUUGGGAAUUGUGCUCUUGGAGAUUGGUCUUUGGCUUCCACUGACAGCUAUUGUUGAAGAUCAAAGUCUCAGUGCUGAGGAGAUCCGCCAAAAGGUCCUGAGCAAAAGACUUCCAGUAUUGGGGCAUAGUAUGGGAAGUAAUUAUCAGUCCAUCGUUGAAGCGUGUUUGGGAGACACAUUCACAUCCGCUGAGGAUGAAGAAGCAGACGAAGCCAGCCCACAGUCCCAGCUUCAUUUUCAAUCCAAAGUCCUAAAUCAGCUUUCGAGGUUGUCUAGUUUGGAUAUUUGA